GUACGGUAGGUACGGUGGUGGGUGCGAUGGGUGCGUUGGUAGGUACGAUGGUGGGUACGAUGGGUGCGUUGGUAGGUACGAUGGUGGGUGCGAUGGGUGCGAUGGGUACGGUGGUGGGUGCGAUGGGUGCGUUGGUAGGUACGGUGUUGGGUGCAAUGGGUGCGAUGGUGGGUGCGAUGGGUGCGUUGGUAGGUACGAUGGUGGGUGCGAUGGGUGCGAUGGCAGGUACGGUGUUGGGUGCAAUAGGUAAAGAAGCGAAGCGUGCUGUUGCCAUGUCUGUGAAGAACAACGCGAAGGCUGAUUCUAAACAUGGCGUUUUCCGAUCUAUUCGGAAGGGGGAUGCGCAACCUGGAAAAGUUCGUGGAACAGGGCGCUGGAAGACAUGGACUGCAGAAACAAUGAUCACAACAUCGUUGGGAAACCCAGUCACGCUUGCAAAGACGAAGGACGGACAGACCAAGUUGAAGAACCAGCUGCAAAACAAAAUCCCUGCCAUGUUUUCAGCGAACUCGCUGGCUUAUUGGUUGAACAGCAGCACUUCCCAUAUUGCGAAUGUUCGUGCAGCUUUGUCGCAAGUGUAUCUGGAGAAGCUCAAGCAUUACUCAGCGCAAAUUCAAGCUGAAAGGCCGCACAUCAUUUCAAUGAGUUUGGAAUUUGAUGAAGCGUCAAAGCGAACCAGAUUGCGCAAAAAUGUUCUCGACGUAGAGGCUGUAUACCCGAUCCUGGUGCAGCGAUUGGAGCUUUUCAUGCAGAAGGAAGCCGGUGACACGGAUUUGCUGCACACAAGCAUCCCAACUUCGAUUGCUGUUCUGGAAUCUACCACAGCAGCUUGCAUCUGGAGCGCUAUGAAGCACAUUCAUCCCAUUGAGUUCUGGAGUUGGUCCCGCGCUGCCAGCAUCUAUGUGCUGCGGGUGGUGAGUGAUGGGGCAACCGCCAACCGCUUGCUCUUCAAAACUGCAAUUAUGGCUGGUAGGCCGGAGAAUUCGAUCGUUGCCCACAAGGUUUGCGACCAGCAUAGCCUCAACCAUUGCUCAGCGCCGAUAUGGAAAGGGCUCGCGCACCUGACUCCAAUGUUCUACUGCACUGGAUUCUUAUCCUCAGGAUCGAACCUCUUGCACCUGCUGGAGCAUGUUGAUGCUUGGAUCAUGGAUCCGGGGACAGUCAGAGUUGUGUUUAGCAAGCCCGACCCAGCAGUUCUCAAACGAAACAGGGACUUCGUGAAACUGAUCUGCAAGGCGACUUCAGCUGAUGAUCGGAAAGGCUACAUGCACUUGGGGGAAGAACUCUUGCAGCUGGAUUCUGGUCCAUGGCAUGACACAUCGCACAUUUAUCACCACUGCAAAGGAGUCGGCUGUUGCAAAGGCGGUGUCAUUGAAACACGUCAAAAGCUCUGGGUGGCGGUCGCAGCUUUCGUAUUCGGGAUGAAACCGACCACUCCAGCAGUCAGUCGCUGGACUACUUGCGGCAAAAGCGGUCGCUACUAUUUGUGCGCUCUUGGCUAUCACUCCGUACUUAUGCAUGGUAUGGCUCGCUUGCAUGGAAUGAAGUCUUCCAUUGAUGAGGAAGAGGAUACAAUUCUUCCGACUACUGCCUUCAUUGAAUCGGAGGGGUCGACAGAAUUGUUUCGAAAGACUUUGCGCUUCAAGGCUACGAAAGCGAUGAAAUGGGUUCAGGACCCCUUGUCGGUCUACAACUUGCUGCUUAGUUCGGUGGUGGUGUCGCCUAUGGAACGUAUCAUGUGGGAGUUUAUGUCUUGGCAACACACGCAAGCGUUUCUCCGGAAGGAGAACCCCCCUGUUGUUUGCAUGGCCAGCCCGUGUCUUUCUCCUGUCUUCAAAGCCAUUCGGCACAUGUGCUUGCAGAUGACCACUGGCUUGGUUUUUCCAGAUGAUGCAGAUUCCUCAUCUCUUGUCGAGCUUGCAGAAGGCAUGCCGGGCGCUGUGCCGAGCAACCUCAUCGACAAAGGCUUUUGGUGCAUCGUGACUGGUGUGGGCCAACUGUUUCAUCGCCUUUGCCUUCCGUACAAACAGUUGCCAUGGCUGCUAGCCAAAUGCUUGAACAAGGAUGCUGACAGCAGGGAGCUCGCAACCUGGUUUUGCAACCUUCCUGAUUGUUGCCUGAAUAGCUGGUUCUCAAAGCCACUGCGGGCCUUGGUUGACCAACCUGAAGAUUUACUUCCAGGGGGGAAGUCCCAACCAUUGCUUUUGAGCAUAUACAAUUGCAAGAACUUCAACAUCGAAGUUGAAAACAACUUUGCCCGUCUCCGAAAUCUGAAACAAGUCUCCCGGGGAAGAGAGGAUCUGAGCCACAAUCUGGCGUCGAAGCAUUUGCUAUCAGAAGCGAAGCUCGCUCACACCAGGCAUUUGGUUCGUGAAAACAAAGCUGGGGAGUCAUUGGAAGAUUCAGAUCGAAAAGAAGGGCCAAAAAAACUUAUCUACAACGGGUUCACUCUUUUUGUUGCUGAAUCCAUGCGAAAGCGUGUGCAGAAUCCUGAUGAGUCACCUGAUGAGUGUCAAAAACGGAUCAGGGCAGAGUGCAAACGAGACUGGCAAAAUGAUGAGCUUCGUGCCUUGUACUCCAGCCGCGCCAAGAGGUUGAAUAGGUUCCAAGCUUCAAGUGAUGCUAUUUCAGCCCAUGUUUCUGGGCUAGCGGAAGUCAUCCCACAGGAAGAUGGAGGAGAAGGAGACGUACCAGCAGCCAUAGUUCCCCAGCCAACCUGCAGGCAGUACAUACCCUGUCAUGCUCCUGGUGGUGGCUAUGGUUGCUUUGGCAUUGGCGACCUUGAAUACAGCCUUCGUGUCAAAGAUGUUCAAGAUUUGGAUGAAUCUUGUGAAGGGUUUGUGCGGAAAUGGGCGGCCAAAUGGCGGAAUCAUGCGGGUGGCAUUUGCAACGAAGACAAAAGUCUUUUGCAAUUGCGUGCUUCAGUACGCCUCAGCUGUUUAGACGAGUUCGGUUUCUGUGUCCGGGAGAUUGCGUCAAUGCCUGUGUACAAGACUGUUCAGGAGCAGUUGCUGGGAUUUGUUCGCCACCACCAUCGUCGGCAUUUGUCAGGAGCUGGCAAGAAGACAACGAACAACGGACCAUCGGUCGAUCUGCCACAUUUGCUACUGGUAGCUUUCGAUGUGCGUGAUCAACAGCAGCUCAACCCUGAAUGCUUCUUGAUGAGCUGGUCGCAGUUUUCACCAUACACUGCCGAUUGGUGGAGGUGGACGGCUUCAUGUGUUCAUCCUGCUGGACGGAUUUGGGAAGCUCGUCCUGUCAUUGAUGAUGACUUCAUGCCAGAGAUCAAGACUGUGGAGCAGAUGUCGCUUUCCUUCAGCAAUCGGUCUGCUGCUGGCGAUAUGUGGAAGUGGACGCACAUAGGCUACACUGUGGUCAGUUUGAACACACUACGCUUUCUGCUCCCAGAAGCUGAUGAUGAUCAGUGGCUCUGUAUUGGCACCCAGGUGAUUGAUCAGCUAUCUUCUGAGGAGGAAGAUCAAGCAAAGAGCGCAAUCACCGAUUUCCUCUCUUCAUUGUCCAAGAGCAGAGCAAAGCCAGCGACGUCCCAAAAUCCCGCUGUGAGAAUGACUCGAAAUCAGCAAGGACAGAAACGAGCCAGAAAACGCAAGGCAGCUGAAGCAGCACUUGAUGGUGUUGAUGAGGAUGAUCAAGGGAACAACAUGGGACAUGAUGAUGAUGAUGAUGAUGAUGAUGGCGGUGACGUUGAGUUGGAGGGUGCUUGGACAAAUGCUCAUAUCCUGGAACAUGGAGAGGCCAUUGUCCAAUGUCAUCCUGCGUCAUCCUCGGCGUCAGCUGCAAAAUCUCCAGCAGACCACCCACCAGAACCAAGCGCUGAUGCUUCAGAUUCAAAACGUGGACUGGUAGCCUUUCGGGUUCAUGAUGGUGACAAUGUUUUGUCGCAGGACGCUGAGGGGUAUGUGCGCAUCGACUCCCGUGCUGCUGAGCUAGGCCGAAUGACUGAAUUCAAGCAAGACACCUCUGGCCACACUGUUUCGUUCAAUUGCCGGCUACAUGCAAGCUGUCGCAAGCUGAUUCUCAUGAAGCGCUUGCCAGAUAACUUCCAGGCUUCUGCCAUGCGGUGGAUGGCUGCUGGAAUCCAAUUCAAGCAGAGAGGAGACAGUUCCAAACACAUGGCGUUGUUUGACACAAUGGUUAUGCGACGGAGCCUGUGA